AGUGCAGCGCUCGGUGAGCCUGGCACCCGGAGUAGCCACCUCCCCCUCCCCCUGCCAAGGCCGCCUGAAGCCCCUUCUCAUCUGUCCUUCCUGGGCUGAGCCGUCCCAGACGGGUGGGGCGGAGCCCGGAGCCCCACGGAGCGCCGCAGAGCGAGCCUCACCUCCCUCCGGGGCGCAAGUGUGAGCCACUGCACCUUGUUGUGUUGAUGCUGGUCUGCCAUGCUAGCCUGUCUACCAGGGCCAGGUGACCUGUCCUUUAAGCUUCUUUCUCACACGCAGAUGAACACUGGACUUCAGAAAUGGGACACUACACAGAAAAUGAGAACUGCUCACUAUCCUACCCCAGCCGAAUUGGACGCGUAUGCUAAGAAGGUGGCAAACAACCCACUGACUAUAAAAAUCUUCCCCAACAGUGUGAAGGUUCCCCAGCGGAAACACGUUCGUCGUACUGUGAACGGCCUCGACACAUCAGCUCAGCGCUACAGCCCCUACCCGACUCAGGCUGCCACCAAGGCAGGCCUGCUUGCCAUUGUCAAAGUGCCAGCCAAAAGCAUACUCAAGGACUUUGACGGCACCCGAGCCCGGUUACUCCCUGAGGCCAUCAUGAACCCCCCAGUGGCUCCCUAUGCUACUGUGGCACCCAGCACUUUAGCCCACCCCCAGGCUCAGGCUCUGGCCCGCCAGCAGGCCCUGCAGCAUGCACAGACCCUGGCCCAUGCCCCCCCCCAGACGCUGCAGCACCCUCAGGGUAUCCCACCAUCACAGGCACUGUCUCAUCCUCAGAGCCUCCAGCAGCCUCAGGGCUUGGGCCAUCCUCAACCCAUGGCCCAAACCCAGGGCUUGGUCCACCCUCAGGCCCUGACUCACCAGGGUCUCCAGCAUCCCCCUAAUCCCUUGCUGCAUGGAGGCCGGAAGAUGCCAGACUCAGAUGCUCCCCCGAAUGUGACCGUGUCUACCUCAACUAUCCCCCUUUCAAUGGCGGCCACUCUGCAGCACAGCCAGCCCCCGGACCUGAGCAGCAUCGUGCACCAGAUCAACCAGUUUUGCCAGACGAGGGCAGGCAUCAGCACUACCUCAGUGUGUGAGGGCCAGAUCGCCAACCCCAGCCCCAUUAGUCGCAGUCUGCUCAUCAAUGCAAGCACCCGGGUGUCGACCCACAACGUCCCCACACCAAUGCCUUCAUGUGUGGUCAAUCCCAUGGAGCACACCCAUGCGGCCACAGCCGCACUGCCUGCUGCAGGUCCUGUCAACCUGCCCACGGGCAUCUCUCGACCCCCUACUGGGUACCCUAGCGACCUCAAGCCUGUCGCCUGGAACCAGCACCAGCUGGCCCACCUACAACAGAUGUGCAGUGAGGCUGGUGGGACGCCAGCCUCUGGCCUUACAGGCAAGCAUGUGGCAGGACGGGAGUUGGCAGGGCCUGGCUUUGUGGGCAAAGCCCCUGCCUACCCGCAGGAACUCUGCCUGGCACAGUCCUUCCAUCUGAAGCCACCCCUGGAGAAGCCGACCCCAUCCCCACCAGUCAACGGCCUGCCAGCCCCACUGGCCUACCCCAAUGGUCACUACUUCCAACCCCUAUGGAACAACAUUCUGCCCACUCCCAAUAGCGACAGUUCGGGGUCUCAGGACCUCGCCAUGCCAUUCCAUGGCGGGCAGCCCACAGGGGCACCCCUCGACUGUGCAGCAGCUUCUGGGGCCCACUACCGAGCAGGGACCGGGGGCGGUCCAGUGGCAAGCCAGAACAGCUUGAUGCAAACAGUGGAUUACCUGAGUGGGGAUUUCCAGCAGGCCUGCUUCCGAGAACAGAGCCUGGCCAUGCUGAGCAAGUCCCACCGAGCCCCUGGCACCCGAGCCCCUGAUCCCACAGAUAGUCGAAGUCUUCAUAUUCAGCACCCAGGGUAUAGAUAGGGAGCCAUGGUGCCCCCUCAAGCAUCAUGUCAUACAUCGCCCUCCUAGGUUUAGUCUUACUUUUAAGUAACUGGAUAGUUUCAAAGUUUCACUGCUCCAGUGUGAUCAUCCUUAGAUGUCUAAGGAAGGGGAUUUGGCAGGAUUUAAUUGGGGGCAGAAGGGGAUCCUCUUAUCCUCCCCUCCAGCAGUUUUUGGCUUCAUGUUAGAAUGUAAUCCCAGGGUUUUCUCUCAUCCACCUGCCUGUCAGUCAUUCUUUCCACCCUGACCCUUCUGAUCUGCCUUCCAUCUUUAGCUGAACUGCUGCCUGUUUCCCUUGUGAUGGAGGUAUAUAUGAGGGGAAGUGCCUAUGCCCCUAAGCUAGGCCUCUGUCUCUCUGGGACUAAGCAGUCAGACUUUCCAAGUGCUCUGGAAGUUGUUUAUUCAUCCAAAGAUGUCAAAUCAAAAGAGACCCAAGCUUCAUCUCCCUGCCCCCAUCUGUUUUCCACUCAAGGCUUUGUUUUGCUUUUACAUUGCUCCUGGGCCACUGUAAUUGUCCUUGCCAAAGCCUUGAAUACUUGGAGAAAAUUAUCUUUAUAUUGGCAUCUUAGUUCCUGACUACUCUUCCAGAUCUGUGGAAAUGCAGUGGCCAUCCAGCAUACCCCAAACCCUCCUUUCCCUAUUCUCACUGUUGCCUCUCUCCAAACUCAACUGUUGUCCUCAUCCCUACCCCUUCCCCUCAACGAACAACAAAACAAAACAAAACGAAAAAAAACAAGGCAACAACUACCUUACUUGAGGAAUUAGGUUAAGGAUGGAUGAUCACAUUGGAGUUUGGAAUUUAAAACACCAAAAAAAAGAAAAAAAGAAAAAAAAAGUUAAAAUGCAUUUGGUUCUCUCUACACUGGCUAAGAAUAUUGCUCUACACUGUAAGUUUUAAAUGUCAUGUUCUGUAUGAAUGUAGUGUGGGUUUGAGUAGCAUUGUGUAUGAGUGGCCCCACAGGUACAUUCCCUCUUAGUCACCUUUUUGCAGCCCCUCAGUUUAAUGAAGAACAAAAGAAAAAAAAAAACACAAAGCCUUAAGCUCUUUGAAUCUUUCCUCUACCAAAUGAGCAUGGUUCUAACCACCAAAGGGGCUUCCCAUUGGAAACAGCCCCUCUUGACCCUUGUCAAUUCUUAGAGCAUCUCCCAUCUAUUCCACACCCAGUGGGUCUCAUUCCCAAGUGACAAUUAGUUGGCUAGAAAUUCAACACUUCUCAACUUUAGAUCAUGUUUUGUUGUAAUUUUUUUCACCCAUUUUGUGUUGAUGCAGUUGGGCUCUUUUUAAGCCAAAUAAGCCCUUUCCUUUUGUCUCUGGGGAGUGUGAACUGAUUUUUUUUUUUAAGAUUUUGGGUUCUGUUUACUAUCCACUGUCCCUAACCAGAAUUUCUCUAGUGAUGAAAUUCUCUGAAGCAAUGUGACUGAGACCAGUUUUUAAAUUAUGUGUUGGCAAGUUGCCUUAUAUUUAAAAAGAAAAAAAAAAGGAAAAAUGCCUGAUUGUUAUGCCAAAUGACAGCAACCUAAAGUCCUAAUUUAUUGUUCCUGAUUGUUUUCCUGCCGUCUGUGAACACUGGUACCCCCAUCCCUGAGCCCCCGUAACUUCUGGUGUGAUGCCUUCUUCCAUGGUGGUGUCCACUGUCUCACCCAGGGCCUCCUUUCCAGUUGCCGCUUUUGAGUCAGAUUUAAAGAGCACCACUAUCUCCCUUUACCGCCUGCUUGACCUCCAGAUAUUAUUGCUGUAACCCUCCAGCCCCAUCUCCAAAUGCCUCUCCCUGGAAGAGGUGCUGCCACUAUAGGAAACUGGGCCAGACACCAAUCUGGGGGCUUUCAAACAACCUCAAAACCAUCUCUUCCUGUGUAGGGGUGUCUGAAGCUCUCACUCCCACCCCUAGUCUGCAUGGAAAAUGUACUGUGAUCCCUCGCCCCCCAACUGACUGCCCUUGCCUUUGGUGUGAGAUGUUUCCUAGUUCCACCCAAGCCCUGCCCUCUCUGCCAGCCAACCCCCAACCAGCAAUAAGGGCCCAUGUGAGGGCCUCCUGCCCACACUCCCUGCCUCCAUCCCAUGCCACUCCUAGAGAACACCUGGAUUCCCUGAUCUCUCCACAUACUGUAGCAUUCAUUCUCCAUCUCUCACCUCACCUGUGGUGGUUUAUGGGUAUGAUGGGGUUUUUAAGAUUAUUAUAAACCAGUAAAAUGAAAGAACUAAUCUUU